AUGGAUAAUGACGUGACGCCGGUGUAUCUCGCGGCGCAAGAGGGGCACUUGGCGGUACUAAAGUAUCUAGUCCUAGAAGCUGGGGGCAGGCUCGACGCUCGCGCUCGAGAUGGGAUGCUGCCCAUACACGCUGCAGCACAAACUGGCUGCCUGGAUUGUGUUAAGUGGAUGAUAGUUGAGCGUGGUGUAGACCCAAAUGCGAGAGAUGGAGAUGGGGCCACCCCGCUACACUUCGCAGCAUCCCGUGGUCAUCUGUCCACUGUACGUUGGUUGUUGCGUCAUGGAGCUAGACUACACUUGGAUAGACACGGCAAAAGUCCUAUAAACGAUGCCGCUGAAAAUCAUCAUUUAGAAUGUCUCAACGUAUUGGUGGCAGCGGGCGCGGCGGGCGCAGAUAACAAACAACUCGCCACGUACAAAGCGGUACACUCCUGCGCUUGUGCUCCGGGAGAGGCUCGGUGCGCCCUGACAAACUGCAUUAACGCAAACGGGACACGAUCCCCGUUCUACCUUCACGCCCCGGAACGUGAAAGACAAACAAACUCUCACGAGCGAAGAGGUUCCCUCUCCUCAACAGUGGGGUCCAUCAGCUCGGCGCGGUCGGGGCCGGCGGACGGCCUGUACGUGAACCCCAUGCAGAGAACCACGAGUGCCACACACCAUAGCUCGUCGGGGGAAGAAAGUUCCGGGUGCUCAGCAUCUGAAGCAGAAACGAACAGUGGGGGCUGGUUCCUCCACAACAGCAACUCUAACGCUCCAGCGGCUCUGUACCAGCGAGUGAGGGAUCUGUUCCACUCGCGGUCUCCGGGCCCGAGGGUCCCAGCUGAGGGACAGGAAGCACCAUUAAUGACUGUAAAAGCAGAAAUCCAUGGAACAACAGAAGUGACACCAGCGCAAGAGAACUCGGACAGCGACAGCGGCGCUGAGGCCACGCGCCGCGACCAUCACUAUGAAGACAUUUACUUGCCACGAGAGGAACAUCAAAGACGAAGGAGCAGUUCCCGGGACUCCGGCAGCCACAGCCGGCCCGGCAGCGCUGCCCUGCUCGUUGACUACGGCACCAAAGAGAACAACGACGCAUCAAACAAAGCAUACGAAGAAGUGUCUCCACCGUCAGACACACAGACAAAAUCGACACUCGCAACCAAACUAGCCGCGCUCACACACAAGGCACAGAACUUUGCAAGUCGCAUAUCAUCAGCUGCGGGCAGCCGUAGGGCAUCCGUCACUGAGGAACCGAUUACAGUUCAAGCCUCUGCAUCAUCAGGAGUCUCUUCAGCAGGAUCCUCGGGGGGAUGUUCAGGGGAUGAAGCACCGCCUCCACCACCUCCACCACCACCACCAGUAGUAUUGGAGGAACCGGCUUUGAAACCCUCGGAACUAAAGAGUAGACUUGCGGGGCGGCGCGGCUCCUCAGACGACGACCGACCGCGACCACCCAACCUCGUGAACAAGCAGCCCGCGCUACCGUUCGUGCCGCCGGCCUUCCCGCACAACGCGCCGGACCGACUUAUUAAACCAUCGGAGUAUUUAAAAACCAUCACGGCGCCCUGCAAGCGCGACGAUGCCGCGGGGGAGGCGCGCCCGCCACCCCCGCCGCCCGCGCCCGACAACAUACCACCGCCUCCGCCACCACAACCACCCCUAACCCAUAAUCAACCCUUAGCUGCUAUCAGCUCGGCAGAACUAACAGCUGUAAGACUGAAGACCACGGCAACCAAAACAAUGUCUGCCCCACCACCUGCGAGAUCUGUCAGUCUUCAGUGCUUGCCCACUGCAGUAGAUUUCAGAACCGCCAAGACAGAUCUGAUAGAAGAAUUGAAACUGUCCAAGGAUAUCACUGGUAUAAAGAAGCUGAAAGUGGAACGCGCCAGACGGGAGAGUUUACAGGAUAAGGAGACCUUCACAGAGUUCACCAAACGGUUCACGGCCGAAAAUUUCGUAGACCAGUGCAGUUGCAUCCGCUCAUUUAACCCACUGAUCCACUUCGCGUCUCCCUACUGCUCGUUUAAUGACCAUGAAAUAAAC